AUGGAGAUUGGGCGCGAGGGCCUGAGGGUGCGACAGACGGACGCCACGCGGAACGUCCUCGCCAGGGCGGCCGCCGCGUCCACCGACGACGGAACGUUCGCGUCGUACGCGGGAGAAUCGACGGUGCCGUUCCGCAUCCUGCGCCGCGCGUGCGAGAUCGCCCGCUCGCCCGAGGGCACCGAACACCCCGGCACGGGCGGAGGAGGAGGACCGUGGCUCCAAGACGUCGUUCGCGGCGGCGGCGUCCAACUCGUCGCGCCGGUACCCCCCGCCCGAGCCCGCGCCCUCGACGCCGAGAUCUCUCGACUGCGACGCGACGCGCACGAUCGCGAAUACGCAGCCAUGACGAGAGACGUGUCGCAUUCCAACUGGGGGUUGGGAUUCCGGAUACCGAACGAAAACGAGAAGGACGACGGGCGACUGAGGAUGUCGGCGCUGACCAGGGACCUGGGCUUCGGCGCGCACGUUCUCACGGUGAUGUUCGCGUGCGCGUUAGGGGGUUGGUUCGCGGGCGACGCCAUCGUUCGAGGAUUUGGCGAUCGAUUUGACGACGAUUCCGUGACCAACACGAUCGUCAAGGCUUCGCUCGCGGGGAUCGGCGCGAUCGGCGCGAUGACGGUGGAGGCGCUGUUGUUCAUGCUCCGGGACGGACGGACGUGACGGACGGGUCGGAUGCGUACGUGUCGGGCGCGGCGCGGGUUUGGAUUUGGACGUAGACUUGGAUUUGGAUGUUUGGAUUUGGUUCAAUGACAAAAGCAUGAGAUG